GGAAGAAAGUUCUUCAUUUCAAAAGUCCUUCGAGUUUAAACGUGAGACACACCCACAUGUAUGGUCUUUUCUUCAAUUCCUAUCGCUCAAUCCUCAAAUCAUGGCUUCAAGUCUCACAGUAUCUCUCGUGGCAGCCUUUCAAGCAAGCAUGGCUGUACUCCUGGUGAUAUUCUACGGUGCUCUAUCGGUAUACAUGAAGCUUCUCGAUAGCAAAUCUGCCAAAAUGAUGUCCAAAAUCUCAGUCAAAUUCUUUUUACCGGCAUUAGAAUUUGUCAAGAUUGGCAGAGAAUUACAUGCUGGAGGCGGUCAUCGUUACAACGUUAUUUUGGUGUGGGCAUGCUUAACACAUACGAUAUCAUUCUUGAUUGGUGCCGGUGCUCAUUUUGUCUUCGGGAUGCCAGAUUGGAUUACGGCAACUAUUAUGUUCAACAAUACGACGAGUUAUCCUUUGAUGUUGAUUCAGGCUUUAGAUCAAACUGGUCUUUUAAACCCUUUACUUCUAGAGGAUGGAGGAACAGGAUAUAAUCCAGUCGAACAGGCAAAGUCAUAUUUCCUUGUUUAUUCGGUUCUCUCAAGCUGUCUGACAUUUGCCAUUGGUCCUCGUAUGAUGGAUACAGAGUUUGCAAUUGACCCGCCCGAUGAAGAAGAUCUUUUGUCUGCACUCGCGCAAGUACAACAGGACAGGGAGGGCGAGAGCGAAGAUGAUAGUGAAGUAUUACACUUUCCUACCGAACACACCAACCUUCUUUCACCCCAUCACAGACCAGCAAUUUCUAGCAGAUCUACCUCCUUUUUCCCAUCGAGGCGCGCUUCGGCUACUAUGACACCUCCUACACGAGAUACAAAUCGAGCAAUCGUAUACGAAAGACGUCCUUCCUCUAUUAUAAGUAGACGAAAAUGGUUUGAGCUUAGUGAUCGAGUUAGAUGGUGGUUACUCUUCUUUUACGACUUCUUGAACGCCCCUCUUCUUGGUGCCAUAGCCGGUGCAAUCGUCGGACUGUCACCAGUUCUCCACCGAGCAUUCUUCAACGAAACAGUCGACGGAGGAAUUUUUACAGCAUGGCUCACUGCAUCUCUCGAAAACAUUGGAGUUCUUUUUGUCUCCCUCCCUGUCGUAGGUGCAGGAGUAUCACUCUACUCAGCCGUUACCAAAACUAGUGAAAAAGGGAAAGGCAAGGAACCCACUAGUACACCCUGGUUUACAACUUUCUACGUUCUUGCAGUACGAUUCGCAAUUUGGCCUGUUAUUUCUACGGGAAUCAUUUACUAUUUGGCGAAAAAUACAAAUUGGCUUGGAGAAGAUCCAAUGCUUUGGUUCUCUAUGAUGUUCAUGCCUUUGGGCCCACCGGCUGUGAAACUUAUCACGAUGGUAGAAGUUAGUGAUGCUAAGGAGGAAGAUCAACAUAAGGUUGCUAAGUUACUUGCUAUUUCCUAUGCUAUAUCUCCAGUCAUGUGUUUUGCGGUUGUAGGAAGUUUGAGCGCAUGCCAGGCAGCAAGAAAUUAAUGGUUUCAUCUCAUGACUUUUUCGUAUGCUCAUUAAUGGAAAGAAAAUACGGGAUAUCUUUGAAGCUUUCGGGAAGCAUUAUCAAUAUUGCGAAAUAUGAAAUUGAGAUGGUUUGAGAGGGACUGGCAUACAAGAUAUGGUGCUUUGCAUCGUGCGUCAAGCUAUUUGUAUUUAUCAUUAGAUCUUGAUUUUCAUCAUACUCUAGCUUAGAUCUUGGUUCGUCGAGAGAAUUAACAGUUAUGGCGUCUUGUUUUGACUUGUGUGAAUGUUUUCGCACA